AUGCCGGGACCAUGGCGCUGCACCGAUCUCCGUCUGGAGCACACCACGGCCCCCAGGCGAUGCUUCCAAAAGCUGCUGCGUGGCCAGUUCCGCUCCAGUCUUCAGACUAACUUUUGCUCUGCCACCAAGCUGCACCUGCUUGAUCUGGACAUCAGCUACCAGAUCGAGGCGGGAAACGAAGACGGAGCCUUCUCCAUAGACGGCGACACAGGAAGUGUCACUGUGGCGGGGCAGCUCGAUUUCGAGAAUCGCAAAAUGUACGAGCUGCGUCUAGCGGCGAUGCGAGGACAAGGGCCUUCAGCGGUGGGUCGGGCAGAGCUUCUGGUGACGGUGCUGGACGUCAACGACGAGCCGCCAGUGUUCCAGCAGGCCGUGUACCGCGCAGAGCUGCAGGAGGAGGAGGACCCUGCUCACCUGCCUAGGACCAUCCUCACGGUCAAAGCUGUGGACGGCGAUACGGGGCGGCCACAGGAUGUGGUGUACUCCAUCUCAGGGCCAGGCGUCGUCGUUGCUGGCACCGACGAGGGGUUCUUCAGUGUGGAUGCGAACACUGGGGACGUGUUCGUGCACAAGCCGCUGGACCGCGACCCCCCGGACGGCCGUCCCCUGUGGCGGUUCACGGCGUUCGCGCAGGACGAGGGCGGCGCCGGAUUGGUGGGCUACGCAGACGUGCAGGUGUCACUCGCCGACGUCAACGACAACGCGCCCGCUUUCCCGCAUCAGCUCUACCACGGACAGGUCAUCGAAAACGCUCCGGCAGGGACUUUCAUCCUGAAUGUGACAGCAGAGGACAAUGACGAUCCAGACGAGGGGAACAACGCCAGACUUAGAUACUACAUCGACAAGAAUGCCGUGGAUGAGACUACGGGUUCUGCCAUAUUUAAAAUCGACGCAGACACGGGUGAGAUAUCGACAGCUAUCUGCUGCUUGGAUCGCGAACGGACUCCCGCUUACUCCAUCCAGGUAGUCGCCACGGACGGUGGUGGACUCGAAGGGACAGCUACGGUAUCUAUUACUGUAAAGGACGUCAACGAUACACCGCCAGAGUUUUCGAAAGAUGCGUGGUUCGUAGAAGUGGAUGAAUCUGACGGCGGUAGUGUGCUGGAGAAGCCGAUUCUCACAGUGACAGUACGUGAUCAGGAUGAGUUUAGCACGUUGCAGUACGAGAAUGAGAAUGAUACUACACAGCAACACCAUACGACCUACUCGUGGGUUUCUGUUAAACUCAGGGACAUCAACGACAACUUCCCAGUAUUUCAACAGCGCAAUAUUGAGGUUGCAAUAUCAGAAGACGCUACUGUGGGAAAAGUAAUUGCAGCCUUUGAAGCGAAAGAUGCAGACCAGGACGGAAAAAGUGGUGUGACUUACGCCAUAGACCAAAGCUCCAAUAGAGGAAGGCACUUCCACGUAAAUUACUUUGGUCAGGUGCUUCUCGAGAGAGAACUCGACAGGGAAGACGUAUCUCGUCAUGUCGUAAGUAGCAAGUCAUUAUGA